AUGGCUAAUAACGAGUCAGAAGGUAUCAUCGCCACGGCCAUAGCUAUUGAUAAAGAUAAGAACAGCCACCAUGGUGUGAAAUGGGCCUUGGAAAACCGCCUGAAGAGGAACGGUCAGGUCAUCCUCGUCCAUGUACAGACCCAACAGAGCAUGCAAACCCAGGGUGCUGUCCCUAAAGAAGGUCGCGCACCAACAGAAGUGGAAUUGCAGCAAUUCUUCCUUCCUUAUCGUGGAAUUUGUGCUCGAAAAGGGGUUCGACCAAAAGAGGUGGUCCUCCAUGGCCUUGAUGUUGCAAAUGCACUGACUGAGUUUAUCAAUAACAAUUCCAUCACCACUCUUGUGGUAGGUGCUUCAAGCCGCAGCACCCUAAUGAGGGCAUUUAAAAUCGCAGAUGUGUCAAUUACCUUAGGAAGAUCUGCUCCAGACUUUUGUUCGGUGUAUGCUGUAUCAAAGGGAAAAGUUCAGAAUGUCAAGUCGGCCAGCCGACCCCCUACUCCUAGUACAGCUAGUUCCGGAAAACAGUCUCAAACAGGACCUUCAUCCGACACCCCAGGCUCUGAUGAUUUCAAAAGGCGAGUCACGAAAUUUCAUAACAUAAUCUUCAUAAUGUGUUGGCAGAGCUGCAUGUUUUUCAGACCAAUUACUGUAACAUCUCAUGUUUUGUCAUCUUAA